CAAAGAUGGCCGCCUACAGUGGAAGUCUGUCGUAAUAUGAGGAGUUGUGUUGACUAAGUGAACACUCAGCUUGAGCAUUCGUUCUUUUAGGUUAAAGUGUUAUUGUUUCUGGUAAAUAACUGCUAUCCAAAUAUGAGUUCAGAAGGGAAAACAACUGACAAAGCUGUCACUGAGCCUCAAACAGCUGAAGCGAAGGGCACUGGGUCUGUCAAAGUUAUUGAGAAACAAUCACAAAGAAGGAUCUUCAAGAUAAUUGUAAUUGGAGACUCGAAUGUUGGCAAGACCUGUCUGACAUACCGAUUCUGCAGCGGCAAAUUUCCAGACAAGACUGAGGCGACUAUUGGUGUUGAUUUUAGAGAAAAACAGGUCAACAUAGACAAAGAGCAAGUCAAGCUUCAACUAUGGGAUACUGCUGGUCAAGAAAGGUUCCGGAAGAGUAUGGUUCAGCAUUAUUACCGAAAUGUUCAUGCAGUUGUAUUUGUCUAUGACGUCACUAAAAUGAGCUCUUUUGAGAACAUGCCUGGAUGGAUUGAAGAGUGUGAUCGCCACAAUCUCAACAAAGAUAUUCCACGAAUAUUUGUCGGGAAUAAGUGUGACAUGAAAGAUAAGAUUGCAGUCAACACAAACUUGGCACAGAAAUUUGCAGAUUCCCAUAAUAUGCCGCUGUUCGAGACGUCCGCAAAAGAUGAUGAGAAAGCAAACCAUGUGGAUGCAAUUUUUAUGACAAUUGCUCACAAACUGAAGAACUCAAAGCCCAUGAUGCCCCCCCAUCUUGCCCGCUACACCCCCGGAGAGCCUGCCCAGUCCGAGGUGAUCAAUCUCAGAGGCAGCCCCCAACAUCGGGGUCUGCAGUCCGCAACACAUGCCACGUUUGAGGAGAAGGCUGAGAACUGUGCAUGUUAACAUGGGCAGGACAGUACUAAUACGUUAAUGGAAGGGGCAUAAGGCAACAACAUGAUCCAACAUGGACAGGACAGUGCUAACAUUAAUGGUAGGGGUGUAAGGUUGCAUUGUGAAUAGGACGGUAGUAAUUAGUUAAUUGUUGAGGAUACAGAAUGGACUGUGCAGUACUAUUAAGUUCAUGGUAGAUGACAUGAACAGGACAGUACUAUGUAUGUUCAUUUCAUGGUUGUAAGGAUACAACAUAUACAAGUGAUAGGGUGAGCCAAUUCCCACUGUAGAUAAUUAUCUACUGAGAAGUGUGCAUGUUUACUUGGACAGGGUAGCAUUAAUACUUUGAUGGUUUGGAACUUUGGGUGUAAGGAAAGCUCUGUACAGUAGAAUACUAAUGAUAUGAUGUAACAAUUCCCAGUGUACACUUGUAGUUACCUGGUCAAGUCAGUAAAAGUACUGGCCACACUGGUUACUGGCAGAAAAAUAUUAAUUUUUAUUUAUCAUGUUUAUGUUCCGUUAAAUAAUUUCUCAGAGUAAAGGGGAUACGAGACACAGAACCAAUAACAUGAAUAAGGUCUGACUGAUUAAGCUAAAAAGAAAUCUUGCAGUGGACUUUCAAACAAAUAGCUACGUAGACUGCAAAGGUGUUUCCUUUUUGCAUGGACUGUUGUCACUGAUACUUGCAAGAAUAUUAUCGGAUGUCCUCUAUGGUACACUGGAAAAAUACCUAUAUAUUUGCUUUUGAUAUUAAUAUGUUGUUUAUCUCAGAUAUUCAGUUUUGAUAUACAGCAGCCCUGUCCUGAUAUUCAUAUGGUCAGAUAUGUCAGAUUAACAUUAACAUCUUGUGACCAUGGUAACAUUCUUCCAAUUGAUAUUCAUCUAUACUAGGCAUCACCAAUGUGGGUGUUUGCCACCUGUCUGUCACCAUUGUUGCCAGUGUUUUUUCCCCGAAUGCUGGUGGCAGUCUAGUACAUUUUCAACAAGGGCAAGGGGAGUGAAGUUGUCUGAAAUGGUCGUCUGGGGGUAGCGUUAUAUUUGGCGCACUGUGUGGUAGACACUAUUGUUAUAUCCAUCCCGCCCCACCUCAUUUCGGACUACUGGUUAUGUAAAGUAACUUGAUUUUUGGAGAAAGUUAAUAGACCCUCACAUUUUCACUAGUUUCAGACUAAUGGACAAGGGACCUGUCCAUUGCUGUGGAUUAUUUCACUGAUUCUGGUCACUGUCAGACACUUGUCAUCGGUAGAUGUGAUAGUCUUAUGCUUCAUCACUUGAAUGUAUGGUUGAGGAUUUUGUUUGGGUUUGUUGAAGCAUGGUCAAGUUUCCUGGGAAACACAUGUUAUGAAAACGUGUACCGUAUUCGACGUAAUAACCGUCCAGGGCGCUCUCAAAAUUAGAAACGGGCUCUUAUUAGAAUAUUAUUUUGGUAAAAAAAACAGAGUUGAAAGAUAAAUUUCAUGGUUUAUGCUGACA